GAAUAGAUGAAGCUCGGGAGAGCCACGACCAAGAACUCGAAGUUUGAAGCCACACCACAUUUCAUGCAAUUCAAUUAUCCUUUCAGAAAUAAUACCACAACAAAAUUAAAUUUUUUUUUUUUGGAAAUUUUAUCCCCAAAAAGAGAGAAAUCAAACUAAAACACAAAUUCAGUGGUUAUGGUGGUGCCCCAUAACGAACCCAUUGGCCAAAUGUCCUCAUUGUUUACCCAUUGCCACAUAAAAAAUAUUAACAAUUCCGUCGUCUUACUUGACCGUAGGCGCCAAACAUAACUGACACUCAUCGCCAUUCCUCAUCUGCCAGCCAAAAUCACAGCUCCGACUCGCGCCACUCAGCAAACUUCAACUUGUGCAUAGAAAGUCGCCACCAUUACUGUUCCAGAUAGAGGGCGAGCAUAUUAGCCAUGGCGCCCAAGGGUUUGGAUUACGAACACCUGAACGAAAACGUGAAGAAGGUUCAGUAUGCUGUGAGGGGCGAGCUGUACCUUCGAGCUUCUGAGCUUCAGAAGGAAGGAAAGAAGAUCAUUUUCACAAAUGUUGGCAACCCUCAUGCUCUUGGACAAAAGCCACUGACCUUCCCUCGACAGGUGGUUGCUCUUUGCCAAGCUCCCUUUCUACUGGAUGAUCCUAAUGUGGGACUUAUGUUCCCUGCUGAUGCCAUCGCAAGGGCUAAACAUUACCUUUCCUUGACCUCUGGUGGUUUAGGUGCAUACAGCGACUCCAGAGGCAUUCCAGGAGUAAGGAAGGAGGUUGCAGACUUCCUUCUAAGACGCGAUGGUUACCCAAGCGAUCCAGAAUUGAUAUUUCUCACUGAUGGAGCAAGCAAAGGUGUGAUGCAAAUCUUGAACACGAUCAUUAGAGGUCCAAAUGAUGGGAUCCUGGUUCCAGUGCCACAAUACCCACUUUACUCAGCUGCAAUCAGUCUGUUUGGUGGUACUCUUGUCCCAUAUUACUUGGAAGAGACGGCAAACUGGGGUCUCGACGUGAAUGACCUGAGAAACGCGGUUUCUCAAGCUCAAUUCAAAGGGAUAACUGUGAGAGCAAUGGUGAUAAUCAACCCUGGAAAUCCCACUGGUCAGUGUCUUAGUGAAGCGAACUUGAGCGAAAUACUGCGCUUCUGUUAUCAAGAGGGCCUUGUCCUCCUUGGAGAUGAGGUUUACCAGCAGAACAUCUACCAGGACGAACGCCCAUUUAUCAGCUCUAAGAAGGUCUUGAUGGACAUGGGUCCGCCUUAUAGCAAGGAGGUUCAGCUUGUUUCGUUCCACACUGUUUCUAAAGGAUACUGGGGCGAAUGUGGGCAGAGAGGUGGAUACUUUGAGAUGACCAACAUUCCUCCAAAGGUUUUGAUUUACUUCUCUUAGGACAUAAACCAGAUAAUGGGUAUCCUUCUAUUAGAACGUUACUUGAUCGAGAAGCUAAAUGUUUGAGCUUUUGUGUAUGACCAAUUUGAUAUUGCAGUCAGUUGACGAGAUAUACAAGGUUGCAUCAAUUGCCCUCAGUCCAAAUGUCCCUGCUCAGAUAUUCAUGGGGCUGAUGGUCAACCCAUUGAAACCUGGGGACGUGUCUUAUGAGCAGUUCAUUAGGGAAAGGUAACGUCUGCUAUGAUUUGCGACAGUCAUUGUGUGGUAUGAGUUGCAUAAUCCGAUUUCUCAAAUGAUGAAUGAUGUGCAGCAAGGGGAUCCUCGAAUCACUAAGGAAAAGGGCUCGGAUUAUGACAGAUGGCUUCAACAGCUGCCGCAAUGUGGUCUGCAAUUUCACUGAAGGUGCCAUGUAUUCGUUCCCUCAAAUACGGUUGCCACCCAAGGCGAUCGAGGCUGCCAAGAGCGCUGGUAAAGUUCCUGAUGUCUUCUACUGUCUCAAGCUACUGGAAGCCACAGGCAUCUCCACAGUCCCCGGCUCAGGAUUCGGCCAGAAAGAAGGGGUUUUCCAUCUGAGGACAACCAUCUUACCAGCGGAGGAAGACAUGCCAGCUAUCAUGGAAAGCUUUAAGAAGUUCAAUGACGGGUUCAUGGAGCAGUAUGAAGAUACCAGGGGUUACUCCAGGAUGUAAAGUCCCCACCCUCCACCACAAUAUUGCUAUCAUCAUUAUUAUUUCAGUACAGCACAGUAAAAAAUUGUUAUCACGAUGAUGAUGAUUAUAUUCUUCUCUGGCUUUUUUAUCCUUCCCAAAAAAAAGCCUAUUCCCAUAUAUGUUCUCAUUCACUCUCUCUCUCUCUCUCUCUCUCUCUCUCUCUCUUCCUAUCCCAACUAAAGAUUUGCAUCUAUGUAGCUGUAAGUCUGCAACUUUUCACAAAAUUUCACAUUGCAUGUCUGCACUUGAUUUUUUUUUUUUUUUUUGCUUUUACUUUUUCCUUUCGCUAACUGGAAAGGGAAGUUGGAUGGUUGUGAUAUGUUUGGAGGGUAGACAGUUGAGAUAGAGAAUCAGGAACAUGCUCUGAUCUCAUAUCACAAAAUGGGAACUUUUUUCUACUCUAACAAGUCUCUCCACAUGGGACUUUCUUAUUUCAGAUUUGGGAACCCCAUUCUCCCUUGUUUUUUAGCUUGCAUUGCACAUGGCUUGUCACAAAGGGGGCUGGGUGAAGCAAGAAAAUGGAGGUGUUUUCUGUUUGGUAGCCUGUUCUUUUGCCAAGAAAAGAGGAGUGGGAAAAAGUAGGCUACUUCCUAUUAAGGAUCCCAAAUCUUUUCUCGGUUAUUCUUUAUAACCUUUCCCCCAAUUUGCAGCAAGAGAGGUGAAGAGAAGAGAAGAGCCGACUUUUGUUCUGUUUUCAUGUUUUUCUCUCUUUAAGGAUCUCAGAAAGGGUUGCUUUUCCAAGUUGAGAAAGGAGGGAGAUCGAAGGUUACUGCAGAUAAUAGGAAGGAAGGAAGGAAGUUCCAGAUCCAAUUUCUUUUUAAUUUGCAAAGUCCAUUUUUAAAAAUUGGUUCUUUUUGUUUUUCAACGAACAAACAAAUAUGUUGUUUUUUACCAUAAAAAAAGAACAGGAGCCGGGAGGGAUAUGGAUAAAAAUGUAAGG